ACAGAACUUAAUUGAAUGUGUAUUGAAGUUCUGUAUACAUAUAUUUAUAAUAUGUGAAGAAAUGUGUUCGUCAGUAAUGUACAAAAACAUGAUGCUUUAAUUCGAGGAGAAAUGAGGCUUAAGUGUCUUUCGAAUAACAGGAAUACAUUAAGGUGGUAAAGUUGGAAAUAGGAAAAAACGGAGGAAAAUGGAUGCUAUUAUGCCAGUUAAUCGAAAACUGGCAAGCGGCGAAUCUGGAACAUCGGCGGAGUUUGUGGCGUUGAUAAUUGUCUCAGCAACAUGCCCAUCUCUCAUCCGAAAUCUUCUUGCUGUACUAUAUCCAAACUUUAUCUUGUUUAACAACAAGUCAUUUUGGGUCACACUUGUAUUUGAGUUCUGCAUAAUCAUACUUCCUGUGGAGCUGAUGAUAACAUUAUGGAAUGUUCAAUCGCACUACUUCUUACUCAUCACGUGGUCCUGCAUCAUUCUUGUACUUGUGUCCGGCUUGUGCAGAAAGGGGUUUCAAAGCGCUUUUAAAUCGACGUCGUUUUUAAAAGUAACAAUGUCAAACUGUCCAUUUGUUUCAUAUUUCAGAGCCUAUACAAAUAUAUUCACAGGUUUUUCAAUUUUAGCUGUUGAUUUUAGGAUUUACCCGCAAUAUUUUUAUAAGUCACGUGUUUUCGGUACAGCUCUAAUGGAUUCAGGUCUAGGAUUUUAUAUCAUAUCAAACGCAAUUGUUUCUGCUGAAGCUAGAGGAAUAGAAACAACAAAAAGUGCCAAAAGAGCAUUGACAAAAGCAUCAAAAGAUACCAUUCCAUUGAUCUUUCUCGGUGUUGGCAGAUAUUUUCUUUUGAAUUCAUUAGGCUAUCACUAUCCAAUUCAAGAAUACGGCGUUCAUUGGAAUUUCUUCUUUACACUGGCAGUUGUCAAGAUGGGAUCAACAAUUAUGUUUAGUUUUACUCCUGUGAAGAUGUGGAAAUUCUUAGGACCUUUAGUGAUUGUGGUGCACCAAGGAUUACUUUUAACUACAAGCUAUCGUAACUUUGUAUUGUUUGGUUGGAAGGGAGAUGCAGCGCGUGAUGGCGGCUUCUUAGAAGCAAAUAGAGAAGGUAUUAUAGCGUCUGUGGGGUUCUUAGCGAUCUAUUUAAUUGGUGUACAGCUCGGAACUCUCCUGAUGAAGAAAAGGGAAACUAUUGGUGACUGGCUGACUAUCCUGCUCUGGCUCACAGUUGUGUGUUCAUCCUGUUGGAUUAUGCUUGAAAUAACAAGGUUGACUGUUCAAAGACCAUCUAGAAAGUUUGCAAAUCUUUCGUACACAUUCUUCGUGAUUGGUGUAACAAGUCUUCUAAUAGUUGAAGGAUUGGCAUUUGAUAUUCUCAUCAGCUAUAUCAAACAAGUCACUAACAACAGCAUCCAAACUAUAGAUCAAUCAAACAUAUCAACAGAUAGAACAUGCAGUCUACUUCAAGCGAUCAAUUAUAACGGUCUCCUUUUCUUUGCCGUCGCAAACUUAAUGACUGGACUAAUAAACCUCAGCAUCGACUCAAAGUCCAAAUCCGACAGGGAGGGAUUUACAAUAGUUACAGUGUAUAUGAUGAUUUUAUCUGUUUUGUUUUUAUAUAUGUAUCGACAUAAGAUGUCUUUUAAGGCGUUUUUAUGGAGGAAAAAUCGUACAAAAUCUCUACCAAGCUGACAACGCAUUGUAUGAACAGUAAACAGUUAAAGAAAUAACUGCAUUCAGUGUCUUGUUUUUUGCACCACAUUUGGUUUUAGUAUAAUUAUAAAUAGUUGAGAUUUUAUUAAUCCAAUUAGAAAGAGGUUUUAUUUAAUAGAAAA